UUACUUAUAUACCAGGACACCACAAAUAACAUAUCCAAAAUCAUCACCCACCAGCAAUUUCUAACUCUUCUUUGACCAGAACAUUAUGUCUUCUUUCAGUUCAUCUAUGCAAGACUUACCGGAACAUGUAACAAUCGAUAUUCUACUAAGGCUUCCAGUCAAGAAAAUUAUCCACUGCAAGUGUGUAUGCAAGAAGUGGCAUAAUAUAGUUUCGGACCCUUACUUUGCUGAUCUUCAUCUUUUGAGAUCACCUAAAGGACUUAUGAUUCAUCAUAACUCCGAAAGAGAUAAUAGGACCGGUCACCUUAAACCGGGUAUCUUAAAAUGGGUAGAAAUUGAAGACGAACCUGAUCAUCACAAUUUACAACACGACCCCGUCAUGAGCCUUGACCUCAAUCUUGCAACCAUUUUCCAAAAAACUCAAAUACUUCCAGUCGGGUCAGUCAACGGCUUGAUAUGCUUGUGGCAAUUUGGUCCUAAAGUUGAUAACACUUACAUAUGCAAUCCAAUCACGAGAGAAUACAUGAUUCUUCCUAGGCAAAGAUACUAUAGAAAAGGUUAUGCCAUAAUUGUGUAUGGUUUUGGAGUCACGUUGAAGACAAACGAAUACAAGGUGGUACGGACUUUUCAAGGGAAUAUACCCCCUGAUCCUACCUCAGGAUCUCGGCCAAGUCUAUUAGAAGCCGAGGUUUACACCCUAGGGAUGGGCCAUUGGAGGAGUCUUGGUCAGGUCCCUUUCUGGUGUAGUGGAUUUGACGGUCCUUCUUUAAAUGGGCAUGCUCAUUGGAUUGUAAUCGAUCGAGACUCUCCUGAAAAGCUUUGUGCCUUUGAUUUUGACACUGAGACGUUUAAGUUGUUUCCAUCUCCUCCUUGUGAAUACAUAGAAGAAAGCUAUAACCAUUACAUAAGUUUGGGAGUCCUGAAGGGUUGCUUAUGUCAAGCUGAUACGUUUGAUUCUCAACUCACGAUUUGGGUGAUGAAGGAAUACGGGGUGAAAGAAUCUUGGCAUAAAGAGGUGGUGAUCAAGGAAAGUAUUAGCCCAGAUCUUGAUUGGCUGAUGUGGGAGCCUGUUUAUGUAAUAGAAAGUUUAAAAAAUGGAACAAUUUUGAUUGUAUUUCGCAGGGACAAAUUGCUGGUCUACUGUCCUCACAAGAAUGUUGUUCAAGACACGAGGAUUUUUGAUCGCUACUUAACUGGAAUGAUAUAUUGUCCAAGCUUUCUUAAGCUCCAACACUUCAGAUUAGAGAGAGUCCAUGUGUUUUGAAGUAUCAAAACAUCAACUACAACUACUGUAUUUGAGUUCAUUUAAUCACACACUUUAUACUCUUGAGCUUUGAUCCUGGUAGUAUGUGUUCAAUAAUUAACAAAUAGCUAGUCGAUUCAACUUUUGAUGUAAAUAACCUCUAAGCAAUCGAGAAGUAUUGGAGGAUGUCCCUUACUGGACUGAUGGAUUUCUCGGUCCUUUUUUGAACGCCCAUGCUCAUUGGGGUGUUCUUGAUUCCCCAAGAAACUUUGUGCUUUUCAUUUUGACAAUGAGAUAUUUUAUUUAUUUCCA